CAUAUAAAUUCAGGUACUUUAAGUAUAUUUCACAACCAGGAUCUUUAAUUAAAUAAUAUACUUAAUAAUUAAUCAUUUUUUUCGUUAUAUUGUCUUUUGUGUUCAAACUUGAGAACUUCGAGAUUUAGUUGUUCUUUUUUAAUCUAAUUUUUUUUCCACAAUCAGCCCUAUCACGCAAUCCAUCGUUGACUGUUUUUUCGGGAAAGUUACGAAACUGCUAUCAUGCAAUUCGAAUAGUUCCGAAAGUAAGUUCGAAAUUCGUAGAGUUGCAUUCACUGAAUUCACUCGGAACGGAAAAUUUUUAAGUUUAGCGGAAUUUUUGUACGACAGGUUUGUGGUAACGGAGAAAUAAAUUUAAAAAAGAAAAAUGUCCAAAGUAAUUACCACCAAGCAACAAUAUGCACUAAUGGUUGAGCUGUUACACAAAAGCCUGAAAUGGCGCAGGGUUUUACAAAGUGCCCUAAAGAGGAAGUGGCAGCUUUUUGGAACAACAUGGCCCAAGAACUAAAUAGUGUUGGUCCGCCUAUCAAGGAUAUUUCCAGCUGGAAGAAGGUAUGGCUUGACUGGAAGGCGUAUAUAAAAAGGAAACUUGUUGAAAAUAAAAAGGAGCAGUCAGCUACUGGUGGCGGCAGAUAUAGGCAGCACCAUUUCAACGAAUUGGAGGAAGCGGUGAUAGCACUAACGGCAUUGCAAACAAGUGCAAGUGGCAUUGACAAUACAGUUAGCAUCGGCUUACCAAUUGUAGCCGACGUGGGCAACGAGACGUUAGCUGACGUAUCAAUGCCAUCAGUGACCUGCAGUCCAGCACUGCCUAAAUGUACUACUAGGCCACCGGAAACCUGUACAGCCGAUGUAAUUAAAGAACAAUUUCAAAUUCAAAAAGAUUUUCAGGAAAAGGUCAUCGAAAAGUUGGAUGAUCUUUCAGUACGUAUGCGACGAGUGGGCAGAGCAUUGGAAGUGCAAAAUGAUUUAAAAAAAUGCGGAAGUGGAAGAAAUUAGAAGGCACAACAUAGCUAUGGAGAAUUUGAUAGCUGCUAAGAAUUCGAUUAAGCAGCGAAUGUUAGAAAUAGAA